UUUCUGCGCGAUCCUCUUCCUUGGGGUGGAGUUUUCAGGCUGUUACUCUGAACUAUGCCGAAAGUAGUGUCGCGGUCGGUAGUCUGCUCCGACACCCGGGAUCGGGAGGAAUAUGACGAUGGUGAGAAGCCCCUCCACGUGUAUUACUGUUUGUGCGGCCAGAUGGUCCUGGUGCUGGACUGUCAGUUAGAGAAAUUGCCCAUGAGGCCCCGGGACCGGUCUCGUGUAAUUGAUGCUGCCAAACACGCCCACAAGUUUUGUAACACAGAAGAUGAGGAAACCAUGUAUCUUCGGAGGCCGGAAGGCAUUGAACGACAGUAUAGGAAGAAGUGUGCGAAGUGUGGACUGCCACUCUUCUACCAGUCCCAGCCGAAAAAUGCUCCCGUGACCUUCAUUGUGGAUGGAGCAGUAGUCAAGUUUGGCCAGGGUUUUGGGAAAACGAAUAUAUAUACGCAGAAACAAGAGCCCCCUAAGAAGGUGAUGAUGACCAAACGAACUAAAGACAUGGGCAAGUUCAGCUCUGUCACUGUGUCCACCAUUGAUGAAGAAGAAGAGGAGAUUGAGGCUAGAGAAGUUGCCGACUCAUAUGCACAGAAUGCCAAAGUGAUCGAAAAACAGCUGGAGCGCAAAGGUAUGAGCAAGAGGCGACUGCAAGAGCUGGCUGAACUCGAAGCCAAGAAAGCGAAAAUGAAGGGGACCUUGAUUGACAACCAGUUCAAAUGACCAUGACCUUUCUCUGAGCACAGACUGGAGGCAAGCAUUUAGAUAAGGAAGAAAAGUAACUUCAUUACGUGGACCGAUUCUUAUAUAUGUCCCACCUGAAGGCUUUACGUUGCUUCUCAUAGAUUCUCCUACAUUCAGUGAGGUCUUUAACUGAGUCCAUUUGACCUGCUUCCCAGGAGAUGGAUUUUUUAAAAUCUUUUCUGUACUAUUUUUUGUCUAUUUGAUGUAAACUUCAGCUACGUAGAAACUAUGAAUAGAUCAGUGCUUGGGUGUCUCUAGUUUCUAAAAUGGCUGUUUUUAUUCCUUCUUCAAAGUUAAUAAAAUGUUUAAAGAUUUUUUGAAAAAAUAUUAUAGCAUGUCAGAGAGAAAAGCAGCAUGAAUUAUAUUUAGUUUCAGCAAGUCAGAUCCUUUUAAGUAACCCUGUCUUGGUUCUUAGAAUUGGCUAUGGUUUGAAUCUUUCUACUGUCAGGGAAGAAUCAUUAAAAGCCAAAAUCUGCAUAAAAAGCUUCCUUUAUUUCAGACGGUGAAUCUGUAGAUGAGCCAUCCCAGAUCAGACUUUAUACUUAAGGAAAAGCUAGAUUGCAGUGAGGGGGUAGGAUAGCUCAGAUCUGCAUGAAAAUAGGGUCUCAGUAAGUAACCCAAGGGAGCUACCAUUCAGUUAGUUAGGUAAGAGUACUGCUUCCCUGUGUGGGUACAUGGGAGGGAGACAUUAGAGAUAAAGAAAUGAUACUGAGAUAAACAAAAUUAUCUGUCAGGUGUCUUUUAUUUUAUAUUUGCUAUUUGUAGAGGAGUGUUGUAUGUAUGGAUAUUAUUUUAUGUCACACUGCUUCAAUGAUAUCAAUAGCCAUGUAUUUGUACCCAUGUUUUUAUCAGUUUGCUUGUAUUACAAGUGUUGGGACAGGA